UGACGAAAAUUGACGGAAACAGACGGAAAUUGUUUGCGCAGCAGCUAGCGCGUGUACAUUUUUUUUAAAAAAGAAAUUCUUUAAUCUUUUCAAUGAAUAGUACCAUAGUAAGAAGAUUUAAAGGAUUAUCAGUUCAUACGAAAAUAUUUAUUGGAUGGGGUUUUGCCGUUACCGCAGGAUUAUAUGGUUUUGUUUUAUCAAGAAGAUAUAUAACAUCGAAGAGAUAUGAUAGUAUGAAAAAUAGAAAAAACGUACAUCUGGAUUUCACUGAAAUAGAGCCGUCUCAACGUACAUCAAAAACUUUGUGGUGGUAAAUAAAAUUAAGAAAAUUAUUAAAUUAAAAAAAAAAAAAGAAAAAUGGCAGCACUACCUCAAUUGGAUGAAGAAAAAUUCAAAUUGGUCCAGGAUUUGGAAAUUGAAAUGAUGUCCGAUAUGUAUAAUAGAAUGACAUCAGCGUGUCACAAAAAGUGUAUUCCACCAAAGUAUCGUGAACCGGAACUUGGAAAAGGUGAAUCAAUAUGUCUUGAUCGUUGUAUUGCUAAAUAUUUUGAAGUUCAUGAUAAAAUUGGCAAAAAAUUAACACAAAUUACAAUGCAAGAUGAAAAUGCCCUAAAGAGUAAUGUUGCAGAACAAGCUAAACUAGCAAAUUAACAUCGUUGAUUUAAUAAAAUUAAUGUUCAUCGAAAUUUAAAAAAAAGUCGUGCAUUUAGAAUUCUCAUUAGUAAUUUUAAUUACUAAUGAAAUUAGUUUAUUUUCAUUUCUAUUAUUAUUAGUUAUAAUUGACCUCAGAUUUCUAUAAAUCCUGACGACGUUGUUACAUACUGUAAUUAUGUGUUGUUAAUAAAAAGGAUUUAAAGUGAAAAA